GCAUCGGUUGAACUUCUUCAGAACGAAUUACAAUUUUCAGUUCGUUCUUAAAAAAGAUUGUAUAAAUUCAGUCAAUAUAUAAUAUUGUUGAGGCAAUUAUUAGAUAUUAAUUGCGUAUUGCAGUCAAGACUCUCAAGAUGAAAAUCAAAGAGCUACAAAAGACUGUGAACAUUGCCUGGUCGCCAGCGGAGCAACAACAAAUUUUAUUGGCCGCCGGCACAGCAGCUCAGCAAUUUGAUUCGAAUGCAAAUGCAACAUUGGAGAUAUAUUCACCGAGUAUUGGCGAUGCCAGCUACGAUUUGGAGCUGAAGGCAAGCGUGCCUAGCGAUUUCAAAUUCCAGAAGGUUAUUUGGAGUCCCCUUGGUAUAAAUGGACCGCAUCCAAAUGGCCUGAUUGUAGGAGGAUGCGAAGCGGGUCAUAUCAAUGUGUAUUCCGCAGCCAAGAUGCUCGCCAAUGAGGAGUCGCUUUUGGCCCGCCAGGAUAAGCAUACUGGUGCCGUUACUGGCUUGGACUUUAACCCAUUCCUAAACAACCUGCUCGCUUCGUGUGCCUCGGAGUCGGAGAUUUACAUUUGGGAUCUUAACAACCCCGUCAGCCCACUAAAUCCCGGUGCCAAAACGCAACCUCUCGAGGAUGUUAAGAACGUGGCAUGGAAUCGGCAAGUGCAACACAUUUUGGCAUCUGUGUUCAGCACACGUUGUGUCAUCUGGGACUUGCGCAAGAGUCAGCAAAUAAUCAAACUGUCUGACACUCAGUCUCGCGUGAGAUGGCACGCCAUCGAAUGGCAUCCCGAGGUGGCGACUCAAGUGUGGUUGGCAUCCGAGGACGAUCAAGCGCCUGUUGUUCAGCUGUGGGACUUGCGAUAUGCAACCGCUCCAGCAAAGACUUAUCAGAUUCACGAUCGGGGAGUACUUGGCAUGUCGUGGUGCCUGCAAGAUACUGAUUUGAUGGUAUCUUGUGGCAAGGAUAAUCGUAUCUAUUGCUGGAACCCAAACACUAAUAUACCCGAAGGCGAAAUCCUCUCGGAGGUGGCCACAACAGCGUCCUGGUAUUCCGAUGUUCAGUUCUGCCCCCGUAAUCCAGCGCUUAUUGCCAGCGCCAGUUUGGAGGGAGCUGUUUCCAUUUACUCGCUAAAUGGUGGCACACAUCAUUUGGUGCAAACAUCGGAAAAGAUAGCCGAUUCCUUUCCGGGCAUGGAUCAAUUUGCUCAAGCUCCCUUGCCACAGCAGGCUACUCAAGUUGUUUAUCACGAUCUGACGCAUGCUCCCAAAUGGAUGAAACGCCCCUGUGGCGUGACUUUCGGUUUUGGCGGUAAACUAGUCAGUUUCAAUGGCACAUCUAAAACUGUUAAGGUGGAACAGUUGACCACCGAGCCAGGAUUAGUGGAGCGGGCUAAUGCCUUGGAGCUGUCCUUGGCAGAAGCUAACUAUGCCGAUUAUUGCCGUCAAAGGGCUGAUAAAUCAACGGAUCAGCAUGGACGAUACAUUUGGUAUUUCAUCAAAGCGAACUUUGAACUGAAUCCCAAAGAAGAAAUGCUCAAUCUCUUAGGCUACAACAAAGAUGAUAUUGAUGGUAAAUUUACAAAGUUCAUUAAAGAGCCCGAAAGCAACUCGCAAUCAGACGUGGAUACACUUACGACCCGUAUAUCAACUCUUACACAUCAAACUGCCGAUAAUAAAACCGCAUUUGAUGGCACAACGAUCGAUCCGCAAACCCUAAACGAUUAUCCGGCUGCUUCGCGAAUGCAGUUUAAGAUUCCAAGUGGUGACCACACUGACAGUUUAAUUACGGAAGCCAUACUCACGGGCAAUACUGAGGCUGCCGUAGAGUUGUGUCUGGAGGCGCAGCGCAUACCAGAGGCACUGAUUAUAGCUUCCACGGCGGGAAUAGAGACCCUAACACGUACGCAGAAUCGCUAUUUGCUGCAGCAGAAAAACGAGCUGUCCAAUGUCAUUUCGGCCCUGGUAUCACGAGAUUGGCUUGACUUUGUCAACCGCUGCACGGUGGAUUCCUGGAAGGAGGCACUGGUGGCUGCCCUCAAGCACAGCGAGCGCAAGUUAGUGGACAUCUGUGAGAGGCUGGGAGAUCGCUUGUUGAACGAGUGUAGCAAAAGCAUUGAGUUUACCCGAAAUGCCAUGUUGUGCUACAUCUGUGCUGGUAGCAUCGAUAAGCUAGUGAGCGCUUGGUAUCAAUUGAAGCAACUGGAGCAGCAGAAUCAGAGCUAUAAACUCAACACACACGAGUUGCAGGAACUGGCCGAGGUGGUGAUGCUACUGACCAAGUCCCUGGAACAGCAAGGCAUUGCUGUAGACUUGGCUGGACGUUUUGCGGGCUUUAUAUCCGAGUAUAGUGGACUUCUUGCAUCCCAGGGUGCAGUGACAGCUGCUCUACAGUAUAUUACCACCUUGAGCAAGGCCAAUGCGGAAAGUGAAGAUCUGAAUCAGCUACGUGAACGCAUUAGCAACGCCGUCAAUAUGGAUCAUGUACAGCCGUCUGUGGCAGCUGCAACUCCAAUGAACUAUUUGCGACAUCAGGAGCCGCGUGGUUCCUUCUCAAAGCCGGCAAAUCCCUUGAUGUUUGGACAGCCGCAGAAUCAAUAUAAUGCCCCGACAAAUGGCGGCUGGCAACAACAGCAAGCAGCAGCACCUCCAUCUGUGCCUUUGGCGGCAGCUCCAUUCCAGGCCGCUCAGCCACCUCCACAAAUAUACAAUCCUCCACAGAUGAAAGCUGAACCACUUUCUCAUCCGCCACGACCCUCGAGCAAUGCCAGCUCCUCGGGUGGUCCUCCUGCUGCAGCUGCUAUAUCUGGUGGAUCUGGCCUGCAUUCGCGGUCUAAAUACGUCUUGGAUCCUUCAGUAGCAGCACCGACCAGUGCAUAUGGCAUGCCAUACAAUCCAGUUCCAGCACCGGCAGCUGUUCCCUUCCCUGGCGCAAUGGCUCCUGUCUCACAGGCUGCCAGUGUGCCACAGUCGUACAGCAGUGAUGCAUUCAAUACCAAUCCCUUAUCGACGGCUCAGCAAUUCAACACAACUCCAUUUAUCGGAACUUCACAAAACAAUUAUAUACCGGGUGUGGCACCUAUUGAAACAAUGCCUGUAGCUGCUCCACAGGCAUCACUCGUGCAGAACAUGCAGCGUAAUCCGACACCACCACCUGGCUGGAACGAUCCACCAGCUUUAAAAUCCUCUCGCGUGCCGAAACCAAGGCCUUCAGUGGAGUCCAGUGCAGCACCAAUAUUACAUCCUUUGUACGGCGCUGAUCCGAACCAAAAUCAAAAUAGCUAUAUGGAUCCCAAUCAAUAUCAAAAUGCGCCACCGCCGGGUAACAGUGGUUUCUACAAUCCUGCGGCCAAUAAUAAUCCGCAGGCAUUUCCACCACAACAACAACAACCACAACAAAUGAAUUUCCAAGCAUCGGCGGUGCCAAAUCCACAACAUCAGCAAUACUGGCCGGGUCAGCAACAACAGCAAUCCUUUGGAUAUACCGAACAGCCGGCACCCAUUCAAGAGCAGCGGAAACCAGAGCCACCCAAGGAGAAACCUCCACUUCCGGAGGAAUACAUUUAUUUGCAAACGGUGCUCGAGGAGCUGAAAAAUCAAUGCUUGAGCGCAACUAAUGAUCCGCGCACCAAACGGAAAUUCGUGGAUGUGGUAAAACGCUUGGAAAAUCUCUAUGAUUGUUUGCGCGAUGGCAGGCUCACGGCAACAACGGUGCAGCAUCUUAAUCAAAUAGUGCAGUACAUUCAAAUAGCCGACUACGUCAAUGCCCUUGAAGUGCACACACGCAUUGCUUUUGGCACGGACUUUGCUCAAUGCGCUGGCUUCAUGCAAGGCUUAAAGGUCCUGCUACAAUCCGCAUCGGAGCUGCAAUUAGUUUUGCGUUAAGAUUUAGUUUUCAAGGGAAAACAGAGAAUCCCUUAUGUGUUGCCCAUUAAAAGUUUAUACAAAAUAUUGUGUGUCUAAAUCAAAAUUUGCGUUUCUGUUUGAUUAAUAUUUGUGUGAUUGUACUCUUUCAAUUUUUGUUAAUGCAGCUUAAUAUUAAAGGUAAUCCAUGUAUU